UUAACAGCUAGUGACGAUGUUCGAGAAACCUUUGCCAAAGCCAGAAAUGGAAAAUACAGACUGCUAAAGCUGGAUAUCGAAGAUGAGCAAUUGAAUGUGAGUGUUCGGGAAAAGCCAAUAAGCUCUUGGGACAAAGACUACGAUGGCUUUGUAUUGCCAGUUUUAGAAGAUAAGCAACCAUGUUACAUUUUGUAUCGUUUGGAUACCCAGAAUGCACAGGGCUAUGAAUGGGUCUUCAUUGCCUGGUCACCAGACUAUUCUCAUGUACGACAAAAAAUGUUGUAUGCUGCAACUAGAGCCACUGUGAAAAAGGAAUUCGGAGGUGGCCAUAUAAAAGAGGAGCUUUUUGGAACCACAAAGGAGGAUGUUUCACUUAGUGGAUAUAAUAAAUAUUUAGUUUGCCGUUCAGCUCCUGCCCCUCUUACUGCAUCAGAAGAAGAGCUAAGGCAAAUAAAGAUUAAUGAGAAACAUUACUUUGCAAAUGUGAACAUGCAGCAAAUUACUUACAUGCAAAUGUAUUGUAUGUACAAUAUGCUUUGUAUUCUACAAAUUGUCAAUAUUAACAGUUGUAUUUAUUGUCUACAGAAAAUAGAUAUAAAAAAUGAAGUCAUUGUUUUGGCAAACACCGCAUACACAGAAGUGAAGGAUUUACCGGCAAGGAUUCCGAAGGAUGCUGCACGCUAUCACUUUUUCUUGUACAAGCAUUCACAUGAAGGAGACUAUUUAAAUUCUUUAGUGUUUAUUUAUUCAAUGCCUGGCUAUGCAUGCAGUAUACGCGAACGUAUGCUGUAUUCCAGCUGUAAAAGCCCUUUGUUAGAUGCUAUUGAAAACCAGCUGAUGAUGGAAAUUACCAAAAAGAUUGAAAUAGACAAUGGGGAUGAACUAACUUCAGACUUCCUCUAUGAUGAAGUACACCCGAAGCAACAUGCACACAAGCAAAAUUUUGCAAAGCCCAAAGGCCCAGCAGGGAAGAGGGGUAUAAGGAGGCUGAUCAGGGGUCCAGCAGAAGCUGAAACAACCAGUGACUAG